UUUCGGGCUUCCGGUGGAAUCGCAAUGCAUGCCGGGGUGGCAAGACUAGAAAAGUGGUCUGCUGUAGCUAUGAAGGUGCCACAUUCCCAGCAUUGUUUGGGUCCAAAUGUAUACCCAGAGGUACCUGAUGGGGGCUGGGGCUGGGCUGUGGCGGUGGCCUUCUUCUUCGUGGAGGUCUGCACCUUUGGGACCCUCAAGAGCCUAGGUGUCUUCCUCCAGGAUCUGAUGGAAGAGUUUGGGGAGAGCAACAGCCGAGUGUCAUGGGUUAUCUCCAUCUGUGUCUUCGUCUUCACCGUCACUGCCCCUCUGUCCACGAUGCUGAGCAGCCGCUUCGGCUAUCGUCCAGUCGUGAUGAUGGGAGGCUACCUCAUCAGCCUGGGAACCAUCACCUCCGCUUUCACCAGAUCUAUCAAUGAGAUGUAUGUCACCAUCGGUAUUAUCUCAGGCCUUGGCUACUGCUUCACCUUCCUUCCCACCGUCACCAUCCUCGCCCAGUACUUCUCCAGACGGCGAACCCUCGUUACAUCUGUCGCUUCCUCCGGAGAAGCAUUCGCCGUAUUCGCAUUUGCUCCAGCUUUGACUACACUGAAGGAACACAUUGGCUGGCGCUACUGUCUGGUUGUCAUCGGCAUCUUUCAGGCUUCUGUUAUUGGCUGUGGACUUCUACUUUGUCCAAUAAUUAUUGAGCCUGUAGAGGAGCAUAAUGAAUCAGACAAAGAGAAGCCGCGGCAGACUGUUUACGAGCUGGAGAACGAACAAACCAUGACCUCAAUCAGUUCAGGGGAGUCCCAGGGUUCAGAAGACUCAGGUGUCACCUCCCUCUUUACUUCAAACUUAGACCUAAGGACUGCAGGAGCAAAAGGCACGGCCCUGAUGGAGUGGGAGGGGAAGCACAAAGAGGGCAAGGACCCGUCACUGUCCACAUCACACAUCCUACUCAGAGAGGAGGGUGAGGUGGAGGUGGGUAAUCUCCAUCCUUCCAGCCCCAAACUCCUGGACUUCUCGGUGCUUAAAGACCCUGCCUUCAUCUGGUACUCUCUCUUUGGCUUGUUCGCCACGCUUGGCUUCUUCGCCCCGCAGCUCUACAUCAUUGAACUGAGCAAGAGCCGGGGCGUGGAGCCCAGCGUGGCCUCCUACAUGCUCUCUGUGAUGGCUGUGGCCGAGAUCUUCGGCCGCUUGUCCAUCGGGGUGGUGUUGAACAAAGUCCACUACAGGAAGACACUGGUCCUGCUGGGCUGUGUGGUUCUGCUGUGCCUGGUGUUGGUGGCCUUUGCUAUUGUGUGGGAGGUCUGGGGCCUGGUGGUCUGCUGCACCAUCUAUGGCUACUUCAUGGGCACCGUCAGCUCCACUCACAUCCCGAUGCUGGCUGAGGAGGAAGUGGUUGGCAUCCAGAAGAUGGCCUCAUCGGUGGGAGUGUACAUCUUUAUCCAGAGCUUUGCUGGGCUGGCAGGGCCGCCACUAGGAGGUGUGUUGGUGGAUGUCACACACAACUACGGAGCUGCCUUCUACUCCUGUGCAGUGGGCAUGGGCCUCAGUGCCAUUUGCCUGGCCCUGGUCGGCCCGGCAAAGUCCGGCAUGUGCCAAAGAAAUAGUCGAAACAAAGAGGAAGGCAGGAGCGCAGAGGAAGAGGACAAAAUGUCUCAGGACAGCGGGCAGCUGGACUGUUUGGACGUGGACCUGGACAGUUCACUCAGACAGGAUCAGGACAACGCAUCUGUAAUAUGAACCCGACUUACAGCAGGACAUCACCUCCUAACCACGGCAGGCUACGGUGUCACUAACAGUAACUUACAGACAUGGUCUUCAUAGACGCUGCUGGUUCUAAAUCUCACAUUCUGACAAGCUUGAAGUUCACUUCCUCCCAGGAAAGAGGCGGUCUCUCCAUGCAGAGCACAAAGUGUCGCACCUUUAACAACUGUAGACAGAUUUCUGUUCCAGCUGCUUAUUAAAAGCUUUCACAAUCCUUA